AUGCGCGAGGACGUGGGGGAGACGUGCGGGUUCGGGCGGUUGGCGGCGACGGCGCGGGGGAACAGGGUGGGGAAAUUGAUCGAAGGGCGGCGCGCGGCGUUUUUGGGCGACUCGGGCGCGAGAAACGCGUACGGGGGAUUCGUCGCGGCGACGAGCGAUGCGUGGAGCGACGUGAGCUUGACGACGAAGGAUGGGGAGAAACAUCGCGAUUGGGCGCACGACUUGGUCGGGGGGGCGAAGGCGACGUUUACGUGGGCGCCGUACGCGUCGGACGUCGUCGACGCGCUGGACGCGUACGGCGAGCGCGACGCGCCGGAUUUGAUCGUCAUAUCCACGGCGCUGUGGCACGUUUUGCACGACGAAUCGGUGUCUAGGUACAAGACGACGAUGGCCGCGCUCGGUGCGCGCGUGCGCACGAUCGAGGCGGCGCAUCCAAAGGUGGUGAUUGUGUGGAUCGACGCCGCGCUCGUGAUUCGCGACAAGCUCGUCGCCGAGGACAAACGCGUCAAAUUUACCGACACGAAUCUGGCGCGGUACGCCAAAAUACGAGACGACCAAAAGUCAACGAGGAUCGUCCUCCCCGCCGGUCCGGCGGUGCGCGUGCGCGCGCGCGAAAUCACCGCCCUGUGCGGCGCGGAGUGCUCCGUCGACGGCGUCCACUACCGCCCCGUGGUGUACGACGCCGUCGCGCAAAUCAUCCUCAACAUCGCCCGCUCGCGCUGGCGUUGA